UCAUGAACCAGGAUAUGUUUAGCAGUGAACUUGAAAAUGGUAAUUUUCUUGGAAGCAUAGAUUUGCUAGAAAAUGCUUAUAAUGUACUAUUAAAGACUAGUCCGUUGGCUUAUAAACUUGACACGAGUAAUUCGCGUUUCCAAGUUUUGGCGUUCAACUAUUCCCUUGAUGAUAUAACACGAUUUCAUCACGGAGAGUUCGAUGUAGUUUCAUCAGAAAACGUUAAACUCGUUGAAUUCAUUUCCACAAAAGUUAACCCGAAAUUCUGCAUUAACAAAGCUGCUGUUGACUUGUUUGGACAUCAUCUCUCAAUGGGUGUAGAUCAAGAAAAUGAGCUUAUAAAGAAACGAUUGGUUGUCACUGGACAGUCUGUAGGAGGAUAUGUCGCUAUUCUUUUCACGUUAUGGUUGCAUCAUAUCAUAGAUAAGAAUGAAUCAAAUGGUUCUUUUGAAUCAAAAAGGCCAAUUUGCAUAACGUUUGGUUCGCCACUUGUUGGUGAUGAAGCUCUACAACAAGCCAUCUUUGAACGCCCAAAAUGGAAAUCCAGUUUCCUAAAUGUGGUCGCAAAAACCGAUGUUGUCCCUUGUUUGUUUACAUCAAGUGGGGUAUACAAGCCUUUUGGAACUUACCUUUUUUGCACACAAGUGGGAGGACACACUAGUUUUGAAGAUGAUGACUCGAUCUUGGCUAUACUAGAGGACAUGGCCUCCUCAUUGUCUACUGAAAACUUCCAGGCACACGAUUAUAAAAGCGACUUGGUUUUGAUCAAAGAAAAGGUAUUGUACCGUGGGGUUUCAGAUAUCGGUGAAUUCGGGUUGAAUUCCUUGAAGGCAGGAAUCACAUUGCAGCUGAUGGAGGUUGGUUUGGUGGAUACGCAAAGUAAUAACAGGAAUAUUUUGAUUGAGAAAAUUGAGGCGAAACAAGUAAGGAUCAUACAUAAGAGAAGGAAUGUUUAUGAGCCUUCAAGAAAGCUAAAUGAUAUGAAAAUAAGUAUGGUACAGAUGGAAAUAUACAAGAUGAGCAGUAGACCGACAAUGGGUUACUAUGAUAGCUACAAGAACCCAAGAAGCAAAGAUGAAAUCGAGAGACAGCAAAAUAUCUUGAAGCAUCAACGUAAGUUGUACCAGUACUGGAAGAAACUCGUUGAAGAAACAGAGCGAAUGCCACAAGAAGCAGGGGCUGUUUUGCGUAAACGGUGGCUUUAUGGUGGAAUAACCUAUACAAGAUUAGCCGAGCCACUAGAUAUAGCUGAAUACUACAAAAAGGGCAACGUAAACUACUUAGAGAAUAGAUCUAACCAUUAUACGCUCUUAGAAAAAUGGUCAACCAAAGAUAAGGAAGAUUUGAGUCCAACUCCUCGGACAAACAAGGCUGCUAGUCUUACCGAGGAUUCUUGCUUCUGGGCACAUGUGGAGGAGGCGUUAAUUUCAAUGAGAAAGCUGAAGAACGGAAGCUCAAUCAGCAUUGAAGUUGAUGUCAAGAAAUUGGAGGGGUUUGAGGCCUAUGUCUUGAGUAGGAUUCGUAAUUACUCAGUGUCAUCAGAUAUAUUCUUGGAGGAAAGCAGUUUGAUGAAAUGGUGGAGUGAGUAUAAGGAAUACAAAGGACCUUCAUACGCUUCUCAAUUUGCUUUGUACAUGAACAACCGAGAGUAUAGAUCGUAUUAUUAAGUCCAAUGUUCGGGUAAUUAGUCUUACAAUCCUACCUGGGUCCUUUUUUACUCUUCUUAUUCUUUAUGUUGAGGAUUCUGUAGGACCUUUCAUGGAAACAAGUAUGCAACAAGGGUAGAAGAUCACAAUAAAGUGUCAAAGCUGGAGGAGAAACCAAAGAUAUAUGUCAAUGAUGAAGUCUAAAGGGACCAAUUGCUUAACUUCCUUUCUGGAUUCUAUAUAUAUAGGGUUGUUGCGACAUUUAUUCUUUUCUCACCCAUUUUUAUGGUGUCUUAGAUUCGUUGGUUGAUUUUGUUUAUUGUUUGAGUUAAUUGUAGGAAUCGUUCAUGAGGUUUUCCCAAAUAAUCAAGUUUCGUCCUAAUCUCCUUUGAAAUGUCGUUGGUGAUCUUUUAAUGACUAAUAAGUACCGGGUAUCAUUCUUUUCUCAAGCAUACUUUAACCCGAUUCGUUAGAAACCCCUCACAUGCCUGGUGUUAAGGUCUUUUCUCACCUCUAUAGGACACUAUUGAUAAAAAAAAAUUAUUGUUGCCUUCUUUCAUUACCUUCAAACCUACAAUACAUACACAUACAUUUGAAGUCAUCAUCACUAUCAGUCUAUCAGCCCUACUAUUAAAGCAAAGAAGAAAUCAUCAGACAUGCAUAAACAUGCCCUGGACCAGUUUUGGAAGAGCGUUGUCCAUAAAAAGGAUCAAAUGCCCGAUUAAGCCCAUUUGACCCAUUACAGACUUGCUAGCGGUUGGUGGUACCACGUGAACUUGUUUAGUGAUUUGCUUAAUGCCCGAUUAUUGUAUCAAUUAUUUUAAUUGCAACCUGAACUGUUAUGGAUUUGAUUCAAA